GACAGCCUUGUGCCAGGCCUGGAAGAAAUGGUACUGUACCUGCUUCUAGUCUGCAGUUGCCUGAUGAGUCUGGCUUGGCUGUGCUGAGCGCCUCCAGUCAGGCAACUCUCCCUAGGAAGAAGGAAUUGUGCCGAUGAGAUGGCACCUCAAGUGGCAAGGUGGCUGCCUUCUCUGGUGGGUGGUGCCACUUGUGGAGGAAUGAGCAACACCCAUCUUGGGAGCAGGUAUUCUGCCAAGAUGCCAGUGCUAGCAAGGUGGGUGUUACUGGGCAUCUGCAUAGUUGUGCCAGGGCACCAGGCUGAGGCAAGCAGCCUUCCACCACCCUGUGACAGUCAGAUCUACUGCACCGGAGAGCUGCUGAGGCAAGUCCAAGAAGCCAUGCUCUUUGAGGACGACAAGCACUUUGUGGACAUGCCCCUGAAGGACAGCCCAGAGGUGGUUCUUGAGCAGUUCCAGAAGCUGGUGAAUGAGACGCCUGGUGGGAAUUUGUCCAAGGAGCAGUUGGCGGGGUUUGUGGAGGGUUGGUUUUCCCCCCCAGGGCAGGAGCUUGAGAAUUGGGAACCUCCAGAUUGGACCACCAGCCCUCCCCUUCUUCAAAGGAUUUCAGAUAAGAAGCUGCAGUCCUGGGCCCAGGUGCUGAAUGCCAAGUGGAGGCAGCUGGGCAGGCAGAUGAAACCAGAAGUCAAGAACAGCCCUGAACGCCAUUCCCUGAUCUAUGUGCCCAAUCCGCUGAUAGUGCCUGGUGGUCGAUUCCUCGAAUAUUACUACUGGGAUUCCUUCUGGGUCAUUGAGGGGCUGCUCCUGUCCGGUAUGACGGCCACAGCCAAGGGCAUGAUUGAGAAUUUCCUCUAUCUUGUGGACAAAUUUGGACACAUCCCAAAUGGAGGAAGGGUCUAUUAUGAGCGCCGGAGUCAGCCCCCAUUCCUCACCCUGAUGAUGGAGAGUUACAUGAAGCACACAAACGACACAGACUUCCUGAGGAGCAAUCUACAAGUCCUGGAGGCUGAGUAUCGCUUUUGGCAAGACCAUCGGGCUGUCAAUGUGUCCUUCGGGGGCAAAGAAUACUCCUUGAAUCGCUAUGAUGUCCAGGUGGGGGGCCCCAGACCAGAGGCCUACAGGAAGGAUGUGGAGCUUGCAGCUGGCCUAGAAGCAGGAGACCAGCAGAAGCUCUGGGCAGAGCUGAAGAGCGCAGCUGAAUCAGGCUGGGACUUCUCUUCUCGCUGGUUCCUGCAGAGGCCGGCCCCCCUUCAGGCCUCAUUGCAAGACACCAAGACCAGUGCAGUCGUCCCAGUGGACUUGAAUGCUAUCCUUUGCAGAGUUGAGCAUCUUCUGGCCUCGUUCUACGGGGCUCUAGGGAACAGUGAGAAGGCCAGCUGGUUCCAGGCUGCUCACCAGCAGAGGGUAGCUGCGCUUCGUGCUGUCCUCUGGAGCAACAGUGCUGGGGCCUGGCUGGACUACAACCUCCUACUCCAGAAGCACAAUGCGGCCUUUUACCCAUCCAACUUAACACCUCUGUGGGCGGAAUGUGGGGUGGAUCCAGCCACUUCUGAGAAGGCCCUUCUCUACCUUGAGGCCAGUCCAGCACUCUCCUACGCCAAUGGGCUGCCCACCUCCCUGGUGCGCGCUGGACAGCAGUGGGACCUGCCAAACGCCUGGGCACCCCUCCAGCACCUGGUGAUUGCAGGUCUGGCCAAGUCCUCGCUGCCUCGGGCACAGAUGCUGGCUUUCACCUUGGCCCAGCGCUGGCUCCGCAUGAACCUGGCUGUCUACGAAAGGUACCAUGGCAUGUUUGAGAAGUACGAUGUGGAAGGCGAUGGAAAUCCCGGCGGGGGAGGCGAGUACCAAGUACAGGAGGGAUUCGGCUGGACCAAUGGCGUGGCUCUGCAGCUCCUCGAUCUCUACAGCGACCGCCUCACCUCAGCAGGCACCUUACUCUCUCGUGCCUGGCCCUGGAUUGGGGCCUGCCUUGCCCUGUCCUUGGCAUAAGAUGGAAGGGCAAGGGCCUGCUUCCUGCCAGGGGUGGGCAUGGCUUGGGCUAUACACACCUGGGCCCAGAGAAUAAAGCCAGCUUCCUUGU